CACUACCACUCUCGCUGCCUUCUCAUCCAAAUUCAGACCCCUUAAAAAACCCAUAUCAAAUAAGAGUCAAAGCAAUGGCUUUAGGGGUUUUUGCUUGUGUAGCUUCAAUGGCUCUGUUUUUUGUGCUCGCAGAGGCCAGGAUUCCUGGCGUUUACAUUGGUGGCUCCUGGCAGAGUGCUCAUGCUACUUUCUAUGGUGGAAAUGAUGCCUCUGGAACCAUGGGAGGUGCUUGUGGGUACGGUAACUUGUACAGCCAAGGCUACGGCGUGAAUACUGCAGCACUAAGUACUGCUCUGUUCAACAGUGGCCAAAGCUGCGGCAGCUGCUUUGAAAUCAAGUGUGCGAACGACCCUCAAUGGUGCCACUCUGGUAGUCCCUCCAUCUUCAUCACUGCUACUAACUUCUGUCCUCCCAAUUACGCCCUCCCCAGCGACAAUGGUGGCUGGUGCAACCCUCCUCGCCCCCACUUCGACCUCGCCAUGCCCAUGUUCCUCAAGAUCGCCGAGUACCGCGCCGGCAUUGUCCCCGUCUCCUUCCGCCGGGUGCCUUGCCGGAAACGUGGAGGGAUCAGAUUCACGAUCAACGGUUUCCGUUACUUCAACUUGGUCUUGAUCACGAACGUAGCGGGUGCAGGGGAUAUUGUGAAGGUGAGCGUGAAGGGCUCGAAGACUGGUUGGAUAAGUCUGAGCCGUAACUGGGGUCAGAAUUGGCAGUCUAAUGCCGUUCUGGUUGGUCAGUCGCUCUCGUUCAGGGUCACAGGCAGUGACCGACGCACCUCCACCUCCUGGAACAUCGUCCCGGCUGGCUGGCAAUUUGGUCAAACUUUUACCGGCAAGAAUUUCAGAGUCUGAAAUUAAGAAUUAUCAGUUUAAUGUUUUUUCUUUUCUUUUCUUUUUUGUUUUUAAUUUUGAAAGUCGAAAGGGAUAGAAGGUAUGAUAUUGACAAAAAGUUGGGGUGUUGAUGGUAAAAUGGAGAAAAUGAAGUGGAGCUUGUAAGCAGCUGAAGUGGCUGCUGCAAUUUGCAAAGUAUGUGUAGCCCGCAGCAUUGAGUGCCAUUAAUAUAUAAUAUGAUUAUACAUUUAUCUAUUUAUGCUA